ACUCGCCCUCGCCCGUCCAUCUCCCUCCGGGGAGAGCCGGCGCGCCUUCCCACCUUCGCCGCACACUCGGGCGAGCCGGGCUCGCCGCGCUCCCGGAUUCCGCGGCCCGGACCUCGGCUUGCGGCUCUGAAACCCCCACGGUGGCUUUUUAACACAUUUCGCCUCCUGCUCCCCUUCCUCGUUUUGAUUUGCUCGCACCGUUUUCGAUCUGGGGGGCUAGCGGAGCAAGGCAGCUGCUUUCCCAGCCAGCCCUGGUUGGCUUGCCAUCCUCCAUCUGGCUUAUAAAAGUUUGCUGAGCGCAGUCCAGAGGGCUGCGCUGCUCGUCCCCUCGGCUGGCGGAAGGGGGUGACGCUGGGCAGCGGCGAGGAGCGCGCCGCUGCCUCUGGCGGGCUUUCGGCUAGAGGGGCAAGGUGAAGAGCGCACGGGCCCUGGAGUUUACCGAGCUGGAUUUGCAUGCUGCACCAUGCCUGCUUGGAUCGGGGCUGUGAUUCUACCCCUCUCGGGGCUGCUGCUGUCCCUCCCGGCCGGGGCGGACGUGAAGGCUCGGAGCUGCGGCGAGGUCCGCCAGGCGUACGGUGCCAAGGGAUUCAGCCUGGCGGACAUCCCCUACCAGGAGAUCGCAGGGGAGCACCUAAGAAUCUGUCCUCAGGAAUAUACAUGCUGCACCACAGAAAUGGAAGACAAGUUAAGCCAACAAAGCAAACUGGAGUUUGAAAACCUUGUAGAAGAGACAAGUCAUUUUGUGCGCACCACUUUUGUGUCCAGACACAAGAAAUUUGACGUGGGGAGGAGCUACACUCAGUGUAACAUUCUGCAAUUUAAGACUUCAAUGAUAAACCUGCUCCACUCUGGCCGGCGUCAGUUCCUCUGCAAUUUCGAAAAUGAAAAGCAUGCAGGGAAAACUCAGAAGGGAAUUACAAUGG